AUGUGCAAACAAAAACUCAUUAAACGACCGCCCGCUCCUGCUUUGGUGCAGUUGUUGGGAAGGACCACAAAAGCUCCCAUCUCCCUGUCCGUGCUGCUGCUCUUCGUCCUCGUUUGCCGUUGUAGUAGUUCGGCAACUUCUCAACAUCUUGAUUUCCUUGACGAAGGCUUUGAAGUAGGCGAAGCACAAGGUGUUUCAGCCCCGGAAGCAGCAGCAAGUGCUACUGAGCUAGGAGAUGGGGGCGAUGGUGGAGGAAGGUUGCGACAGGUGUUGAAUAAGGGUUUAGGCCAUGUAAAUAUGGAAUGGAUUCAUAAUGCAAUGAAGAAGUUUGGGUGGCAUGCAGUGGGGUCUGCUGCUGCCGUGUUGCUGCUGGCAGUUUUUGUUGCCGCAAGGUUGUUUGCUGCUGCUGUUUCCAAAGAGCAGAGGGUACCCAAAGCGCCUCACGAGAAGGAGGACGACAAAGCGGAGGUGAAGAAGGAGAAGAAGGGGGAGGAUAUCCCCAUUAGGAAGGAUCUGAAAGAGGGAGGGGAUAAAGAAAGAUACGAAGCGGACGAGGCGUCACUUUUGGGGGGAGGGGAGAAACCGGCGCAAGAAUCUUCACACGAAGCGCAGCAACAGCAGGAAGAUGCAGAAGGACACGAUGAUGGCGAAGCCGAGAGGGAAGAGGAGGAGGAUGAAAGUGGAGGGGAAGAGAAAGACGAAAAGGAGAAGGAAAUAUCGGGGGAAGGAAUAGAGCAAGAGGAAGAAGCAACGGAGGAAGAAGAGAAAGAAGGAACAGGAGAAACGGAGGAAGAGGGAGGAGACGAGAAAGAUCAAGAGGGAGGAGGAGAAGAGACGUUUGACGGGGAGAGUGGUGCUGGUCACGAAGGCGAAGGGGAAGCCGAGAUGUCCACAGCUGACGAUGCGUCACAGGCGGGAGCAGGAGAGAAGCCGUCACAAGAAUCUUCACAAGAAGCACAGCAACAGCAGGAAGAUGCAGAAGGACACGAUGAAGGCGAAGCCGAGAGGGAAGAGGAGGAGGAUGAAAGUGGAGGGGAAGGGAAAGACGAAAAGAAGGAAAUAUCGGGGGAAGGAAUAGAGCAAGAGGAUGGAGCAACGGAGGAAGAAGAGAAAGAAGGGGGAAAGCCGGGAGAGCAAGGAAUACAGGUAGAAAAAGAUGGAGGAUUAGAAAUGGAGACAGAUGGAGGAGACGAGAAAGAUCAAGACGACGGAGAAGGGAGAAACGAAAUUGUUGCGGAGACUGUUGCUGCUCAGUUGAAGCUGUUGCAGCAGCUGCAGCGUUGCGUUCCCCCUGCAGGUUCUUUAGUUGAAUCUCUGAAUAGACCGUCGUGCACUAUGAUUCUUGAGGAUAUACGGAAGAAUAUAGAAAGUGCGGUGAGGCACAAAUCAGCUGCAAUGGCCGGAGAGCCUGAAGCGGUUGUUGCGCUUGCGGCUGCGAACCAAGAAGCAGAACGUCUGGCUCUGACUCUUCAGAAGGAGGCAUGGAGAGUUGUAUCCUCUAAUGUAUGGAGACUGACUCCACGCACCAAUGCAGCUGUUGUAGCUGGUGCCUGUACUGCAAGAAUGUUGUUUGAGAAAACAGGAGUCACAUUAUCGUAUUAUAAAGCCUGGGAAGAAGCUGUGCGCGUCUGCGACAUUAGAAUUCUCUCUCUGCAUGAGGGUGCACAAACAAUAGAGAAGGUGGUGCCGAGGAUUCCUUCACUGCAGGAGAAACAUCAGGUGCCGCUGCUCAGUCGAAUUUCUGCUGCGCGGGUUGCAGUGGAAGCCUCCCUUUCUUGUGUGAAAGGGCAAGAAGACGCAGAAAAAGCAGCAAUGCAGCUAAAGCAAAUUUAUCUGAAGCUGGUCAAGAACAUUCGACUGGUGGAGGCAGAGCUACAAGCUGCCAAUCUAGCAGUUCAAGGCCAAAUUGCUUCCGUGUUGCUGGAGACUGCACGCGCGCGUCUGGUGGACAGGUCACGAUCAGCGUCAGCUGAAGAGGCAAAUCUUUUGGGGAGAUGGGACCAGCUGCAUAAGGAGGCCCUAGAGGGGCUCAGCGCGAUCAAGCGGCAACUGGAGGUGUUAAAGGGUACGACAGACCUGCUGGUCAUCACGUUUUCAGCGCCACCGACAGCGAGGGCAUCAACCCGUGUAGGAAGCCUUCUUCAGGAACUACUCAAUGAGCUGUCAAAUUUUUUUUCCAGCCAGGCGUUCCUUGGCGCUAAACAACUUCCGAGCGAGCCAGACAUGGAGGGUUUGCUGCCUAGUGUGAAUCAGCUUAUGGACAUGCCAAGAAUUUUGAAACCCAUUGUUGAAGCAAUAACAGCAACUGAACAGCAGGUGCUGGAGGUGGGACGCCAGGUAGAGAUGCAGCUUCCCGGGCUAAAGAACCUGUCAUUGUUGCCUCAAUGGUUUCUGGGAAACAUUGAAAAGCACCUGAAGCAUAUGCUGAUGAAUACGAAGGUGCAAAGGCAGGCCGUCGAGAACUGUGUAACCGGGAUGGGCCAGAGCGCGGCUAUCAACAUAUGGAAAUCAUUGGGUGUACUAGGCGAUCACAUAUCAGCAAUCACCAGGCACCGCAAGGGUGUGUGGGAGCUGGAUGCUGUAGUGCAAAUGCUGGUGGUGUUGAAGGAGAUGGUAGCAAAUACUGAAAAGACCAAAGAAACUGCAUUAGAGGUGAUAGGAAGUUCCACAAUCCUGCAACCUGCCGAACACCAACGGGCACGCGAACUCACUCAACAUGUGGAUCAUGCAGUGACAGCAGCAAGACGAGCAGAGAGCCUUUCUGCUGUUAUCCAAGCAGUAGGUCACUGUGUUUAUGUUAACGAGAAGCUGUCACAACUGGUGUGGAUGUCAAAAUUAGAAAGUCUGCUGCAAAACGAUACAGCAGCAGCAGCAGAAGUGUCGGCAGCUGAAGGUGCUAAGCAGAAACUCGAAUCCGCCGCAGCUGAAGUGGCUCAAGACGGGGGAGUCAAGGAAGAACAGGCGUACGUUCAAGCAGCAGUAACAAAAAUGGGAAGCAACCAAGGAAGAGACUUCGGUAGGCAAACAACAGCAAAAGCGGAGGGAGAAACAGCCCACGAAAAAGAUGAGCAUGGGGAAGAUGAUCACACAAACUAUACAACACCCCCAGAGAGUGAAGGAGACGAAGGAAGCGAGAGUGUAGACGAAUACGAAGAUGCCACAGAGUGGGCAGGAAGUUCAUGA